AUGAAUUAAUCUAGUUGUUUCAUAAUCACGUGAUUCACAUCAAAAACCACCGUCCCUUUUUAUUUCUCACUCUCUUGGUUUCUACCAUCAAUCGCCAUUUCCAUCUUUCCAAGAAUCGAUCAUAAUGACGCUGAAUAUAGAAACCCAAUCUCCAACAUCGUCCGUCCACUGCUCCUUCGUGAAGAUGACCCCUUCCCGUGUUUCAUUUUUCUCUCGAUUGGCAUGGCCUAUCUUAAGAAUAUCUUAAAUACCUUAAAUAUCAUUAAAAUGAUGAAAUAGAGCCGUUUAUUUUAUAAAGUCAAUUAUUUAGUGGCAAAGAAUUUAUUUUAUUAAGAAAACAGUAAUUGAAUUUCGCUUAUAAAAGAAAACGGGAAGAUGGUGAGCACUUUGAGACAUCGAUUGUUGGGUUUGGCUCGGAUCAAACAGUAAAGACAGACUGGUUCUGUCUAGUUCAAGGUUCACGAGUUACUUCUGACUCCUGAAAUUUUCCAAACAAACACAUCUCAUUCACUGGAAGAGAUAAAACAUGGCUCUGCUGGCAUUGAACAUCUCAGUGUGUUGUUUCCAACAGCAGCGUUCCCCCACUCUCUUCAAACCCACCAUUACCAAACAAACCCUCUCCCUCCCCACCGCUUCCGCUUUCUCUUCCUCUUCCUUAACUCAACUCAGCGUGGGCCAAUAUUUACCCGCCAACUACGGCGAUUGGGUUCCCAACCCCGACCCGGAGCUUCGCAGAAGAUGCGGCAUUCUGCUCCAUCCGACGUCGUUUCGCGGCCCCUACGGAAUUGGCGAUCUUGGCGACGAGGCCUUCCGUUUCAUCGACUGGCUCCACCACUCGGGUUGCUCCGUUUGGCAGGUUCUUCCCCUCGUGCCACCUGGCAGAAAGGCCAACGAAGAAGGAUCCCCUUACUCUGGCCAGGAUGCGAAUUGUGGCAACACGCUCUUGAUCUCUCUUCAAGGCCUCGUCGAGGAUGGGUUGUUGGAAAAACACGAGCUUCCUCAACCAAUUGAUGCAGAGCGCGUGAAUUUUUCACUUGUUGCUGAUGUUAAGGAUCCUUUGAUAACUAAGGCUGCAGAGAGGCUCAUUUCAAGUGAAGGGGAACUCAAAACACAGCUUGAGAAUUUUCGUCGGGACCCUGACAUAUCAAGCUGGCUUGAAGAUGCAGCCUAUUUUGCUGCUAUUGACGACAGUUUAAACACAAUCAGCUGGUACAAUUGGCCUGAACCUUUAAGAAAUCGCCAUCUUGUAGCUCUAGAAGAUAUUUACCAACAAAAGCGAGAUUUUAUAAAUGUAUUUAUUGCCCAACAGUUCUUGUUUCAAAGGCAGUGGCAGAAAGUUCACAGCUAUGCACAGAGUAAGGGAAUCAGCAUAAUGGGAGACAUGCCAAUAUAUGUUGGUUAUCAUAGCGCAGAUGUUUGGGCAAAUAAGAAACAGUUUUUACUGAACAGGAAGGGCUUUCCUCUUUUAGUUAGUGGUGUUCCUCCUGACGCAUUCAGUGAAACCGGCCAGCUCUGGGGCAGCCCCCUGUAUGAUUGGAAAGCCAUGGAGAAAGAUGGAUACUCGUGGUGGGUACGUCGCAUACGACGUGCACAAAAUUUAUUUGAUGAAUUUAGGAUUGACCACUUUAGAGGAUUUGCAGGAUAUUGGGCUGUUCCCUCUGAAGCAAAAGUAGCUAUGCUUGGAAAGUGGAAGGUAGGACCUGGAAUAUCCUUAUUUGAUACCAUUUUCAGAGCUGUUGGAAGGAUUAAUAUUAUAGCAGAAGACUUGGGAGUUAUCACUGAGGAUGUAGUCCAACUAAGAAGAUCCAUUGGAGCACCUGGAAUGGCUGUUCUCCAAUUUGGGUUUGGAGGUGAUGCUAAUAACCCUCAUUUGCCUCAUAAUCAUGAGUGCAAUCAAGUUGUCUAUACAGGGACUCAUGACAAUGACACAAUUGGAGGUUGGUGGGAAGUUUUGAACCAAGAAGAGAAAUCCAAUGUACUACGUUAUCUUUCAUUAAAUGAGGGAGAUGACAUUCCAUGGGCGCUAAUCCAGAGAGUAUUGGCUUCUGUUGCUCAAACAGCAAUAAUACCUAUGCAAGAUGUUCUUGGAUUGGGUAAUUCUGCCAGGAUGAAUAUUCCCGCAACUCAGUUUGGAAACUGGGGUUGGAGAAUUGCAAGUUCGGUGAGCUUUGAUGGCUUGGAGAGAGAGGCAGACAGACUCAGAGAAAUGCUUUCAAUGUAUGGCCGACUUUGAAUAUGGAAUUCCUUUUUGAGUGUAAAGUAGAAGAGUUUGCUUUGCAACGACAGCUUAAGUGGAAAAUGCUAUAGUAUGCAUGAUAUUGAUAAAUCAAAGCUGGGUGCUUGUGUUGGUCAAGUAAUUUGAGAAUGUUAGAUGCUUCAAUGGAAAUUUGUAAAAAUGAUAAUGCCUAGCUCUUACAUCUUGUGAUGCCAUAUAACAUAUGAUCGUUUAAAUAAGGAAAAAAAAAUGGCAUGUUAUAUCAAUUACUAUUUCAUAGAAAUGUUUAUUAACAAAAAAAUCGCAAAGAAGAUGUGAGUGUCACAAUGUGAAUGUAACGCUGGAGUACAAUUACUCACUCGAAUAUUUUUGCAUGUGGCAAUAGCAGCCAAAGUGCAUGAUUAGAUUUAGAGUUUGCCACAACAGCCAAUCAGAGAAAAGGCGAUUUACAACUUGCAGCGGGUAUUGCAUUCAUCCUGGUCAAGCCACUUUUGAUCCAAAUUUGGGAUGUUUGGUUGCUAUAAAGCAAGAUCGAUUUAGCUGACACAAAAUCCAAGUUGGGUAUGAAGUAACCUCGGGUAGCUUUUGCUUCAUCCAGAAUUUAUUUGUCCUUUAGCAUCUAUUUUUUGCUUGUUGCAUUUACUAUUCAUGCUUCCUUGCUCUGCUACUAUUGGAUGUGUUCUUCUUCUCUUACUUUUCAUGCUCUUGAAUCUUGAUUAUAUCAGAGUUUUCAAGCUUGGAUAAA